AUGGUUUUGCAAUACAGCACCCAAGAAGAAAUUGACGAGUCCUACGAGACGCUCACGGCAACAUUUUCUACGGGGAAAACCAAAGAGAUUGCGUGGCGAAGGUGGCAGCUGAAACAGCUUUGGUGGUUGGUGGAGGACAACACGGAGCAAAUCAUCAACGCUCUGCACAGAGAUUUGGGUCGCCACCCAUUUGAAAGCAGUCUUGGAGACUUGCGCAGUACGAAACAUGCAAUUAUGUACACAUUGAAGAACCUCGAUAAAUGGACGGCUAAUGUCAAGCUCGCGGAUGCGGGUUUCGUCUUUGGGGUCCUGGGUAAAGCACACUAUCGAAAGGAGCCCCUUGGUGUUGCACUCAUAAUUGGGACCUGGAACUAUCCCCUCUACGUUGCUCUCAACCCGCUCGUCGGUGCUAUAGCGGCUGGGUGUUGUGUCAUGGUAAAGCCUUCCGAGGUCGCAACACACACCGAGGCACUCCUGGGAGAUCUGUUCCCGAAGUAUCUUGAUCCCCAGGCAAUCCGGCUCGCUACCGGGGGUGUGGAAGAGACAACUUAUAUCCUCAAAAAACCGUUCGAUCAGAUCUUCUUUGUUGGGUCCAGCAAGGUAGGCCGAGUGGUGGCGGCGGCAGCGGCCAAACAUCUCACCUCGACAGUGUUGGAGCUGGGAGGUCAGGGGCCCUGCAUUGUCACCAAAUCGUGUGAUAUUGAGCUUGCGGCGCGGCGUAUUUCCAACACCAAGUUUAUGAAUGCCGGCCAGAUCUGUACAAACAUCAACCAUGUCUUUGCUGAGCCUGAAAUCGCGGAUCAGUUGUUGGAACGUAUGAUCUACUGGAAUGACCAGUACUUGAAGCAAGGCGAUAGCCACAUGUCCCGCAUUAUCAACGAGCACAACUUCGAUCGGGUUGUGCGGCUUCUCAACAAUACCAAGGGAGAGAUAGUCUACGGUGGAAGAGUCAAUAGGGAGGACAAAUUUAUACAUCCCACCAUCAUCAAGGGGAUCACUCUAGAUGACUCGUUAAUGUCUGAGGAGAUCUUCGGCCUCCUCCUUCCAAUAAUUACAGCUACUGUCGAUGAGGCAAUCAGAAUUACGAAGUCACUGCCGAAACCGCUGGCUAUGUACGUGUUCAGCAAAGAUGACGCUGUGACGAAUAAGAUUUUGGACCAGGUCGACAGCGGAGGUAUCACAGUCAACGGCACGUUGUUUCACUCGUUCGUGGACUCGGCCCCAUUUGGAGGAGUCGGGGAUUCCGGCCAUGGUACAUUUCAUGGAGAGCAUAGUAUCGAUUGCUUCACGCAUAAACGAACGGUCGUUACGCCUCCGUCGUUUCUGGAUAGGGUCCUCAACGUCACGUAUGCGCCUUAUGAUAUGAAGCACGUUGGCCGAACAAACAUCGCCAACACCAUGGGUUUCAAACGAGGAGAGACAUUGGAGGAUCAACGGCGCGUUGGUCCCAGCAGUUCACUGCGUUGGGUUUUGCCUGCCAUCAGUGUAGUAGCGCUGGCCUAUAUUACUCGAAAACAAAUGGCGAGCAUCCGUGGUUAA